GAGUCUCACACUGGUCCUGUGGUGAGAAUAUUGUUCACAGUUGUCAGUUCUUCCCUAUCGCUGCCUUGGCUAGCAUACUUGCAAUCACUGCUUCGGCUGCCGUUCCCAUGGAGAAGCGUGCUUCUUGCAAGACUGAUGAUGACUGUCCCGGAGUCUAUUGCUGUAACCUCAGUACCAAUAGCUGUGUCCUCGACCCUCACGACACCAUUUGCGGUAUCCCACCAAAGACUACCAAGACUACUUCUGUCAAGACCACCACUACAGGUACAGGAAAGCCCACCAGCACCCCUCAAUGCAAAACCGAUGAUGACUGCCCUGGCGUAACCUGCUGCAACUUGAGCACCAACCAGUGCGUCAAUGACCCUAAUGAUACCAUUUGCGGUAUUCCACCCACCAAGACCAAGACCACCACUGGCACUACCAAGACUACCACUAAGACCACUGGUACCGACUAAGACCACUACUGGCACUACCAAGACUACCACUAAGACCACUGGUACUGGUAAGCCCACUACCACUCCUCAAUGCGAAACCAACGACGACUGCCCUGGCGUUACCUGCUGCAACC